AUGAUGGUCGUCCUAUUCGGUAUAUCGCAGAAAGGCUUGCCGUUCCACACACUGCGCCGAUGCCCCAGUAAAAAGGAUCAGCCAACGGACAAGGCCUUGAAGCGGAUUGGCCAAGCCAUAUCCAAUACGAUUUUUGUUUGCUCGCUUGUGACUGUAUGGGAGUAUCUUCAACAGUUUUUUUGCGAUUACAAAGAAGUACUGGUAAGUGUUUCACAAUCUAAGGCGCGGCUCACACCCAGCGAGGCGGCGAGAAGUGAUGCGUAA